AGACGGUCAGUCGAGCGAGACAGUUGAGUGCGCGCCGGUGUUGGAAAACCGAACUCGAAUUCGAACCACUGAAGAGCCAGCCAAGCUCAGGCCAGAAUCCACCAUCGACUCGUAUCGAAUCGAAACGAAUCGAAUCGCCACAAAAAAAAAAAAUAACAAAAAACCAACACAACACAAACAGAUCUGACAUCAUGAAGUUCGUGAUUUUGCUGUGCGUGCUGAGCGCGUUGCUGCUGCAAAUUGAGGCGUCUCCCCUCCAGCGGCUUUCGAGGAGCGAGCGGGCUGUGUCCCGCCAGCAGGCGGUCAACAAUGAGGUGGCUCCGGCGGUGGCUCCUGCCAGCGAUGACGACGAUGAUGACGACGAUGAGGACGAUGAUGAUGAGCCCGAUCUAGGGGAUCUGAUCGAUGACGAUGAUGAUGAUGAUGAGGAGGAGGACGACGACGAGGACGAGGAGGAUGAUACGCCCCAGGGUCAGGCUGCUCCAGCGGCCACUGCCAGCGAUGAUGACGAGGAGGAGGACGAUGAUGAUGACGAUUAUCUGGACAGGCUGUUCGAUGAUAUCCUGGGCGAUGAUGAAGACGAGGAUGAUGAUGACGAGACGCCCGCUGCCACCGCCCAGCAGAGCGCUGUUGCCGCCGCUCCUGCCCAGAAUCUGGAUGAGGUCGCCCCCGCUGCCGCCUCCUCCGUGAGCGCCGGAAUCUCCGAUGGUGUUGACCUGCCCGCCGAGACCGGAAAUGCCGCCGAGCUGCUGGCCGCCGGAAAUGCCGCCGAUGAGUCCGUUUCCGCUGCCGUUGCUCCGGUGCAGAACGCUGCCGCCAGCAGCAGCAGCAACAACAACGAAGGUAUCGCCGGUGACGACGACGAGGAGGCCGACGAUGAUGAUGACGAUGACGACGAUGACAUUAUCGGCGAUGACAUCAUCGAGGCCCGCCGCGAAGCACGUGACCUGAAGAACAACGUCAUCGAUAUGUCCACGGAUGCGUUCCAGGCCCGUCACAACCACUUCAUCGACGCCAUCUUCUCGAGGAUCAAUCGCAUCGUUUCGGAGAACUACGAUCCCUAUGUGGUCAAUCUAACUGGACGCUCCGCUCUGCCAAAUGCCGCCAGUGGGUCAACGGUGAAGGCCGCCAACAAGAAGCAGUCGACUAGCAGCAAGGUCGGAGGUCACAAGAAGCUGAAGAACACGCGCUCGGAGCCCCGUUCCGGCCACUCGAACCAGGAGGCUCGGGAGGCUGCGGUGAAGCUGCAGGAGCAAUUGACGCAAUUACAGUCGGAGCUGGCCAUCAAAGCCGUGGAGAAGAGGCCCAAAGAGCCGACUCCCAGCGCCGCGUCGCCUGGCAGCGAGUCCGAUUCCGAUUCCGGAUCACCGAAGGCGGAAACGCGCACCGUUGCGGGCACAAAAACGGGCCAAAAGAAGUCCUCGAACAAGCAGAACACGAAAAAGGCGUCGAGCCUGAAAUCAGGAAACUACAAUCAGCCAGCGGGCGCCAGCAAAGCGGGAGCCACCGGCGGUGGGGCGGUGGAGAAGCUGCAGAAGGCCGAGGGCAGACUAUCCGGACUGGCAUCCCUGAAGCGGGUGGGAAAUGUCAAGGUGAUCAGCGAUGCCGAGGGACGCAACUCGACGAUCAAGGCCAAGUUCACGCUGGGUCCCCUCGUCCUCCGAGUGGAGAAGUCCUUCAAGAAGGGCAGCGUGAGGAGCGUGAAGAGUGCCACCGCCAGGACGAACGAGAUGAUGGGUCGCAUUAAGUUCAGUGUGCUGGAUGAUCGGGCCACCCUGAUGUCCAUCAAGGUGCAGCAGCCCAAGCAGGUGGAGGUGGAGAGCAAGGACAAUCACGACCGCACCCGCGAGUUUGUGUGGCGACGCACGCCCAAAAUUGCCAAAUUGGUCAACGAGAAGCUCAAAUUGGCAGCCGAAUCCUUGUUCGCGCCCCAGGGCGUCGAGGUUGUCAGGCUGUGAGUGCAAAAAAAAAAAAAAAUUAAAGGGGUCCUGCAGGAUAACAGCCAUUUCUCACUGCUCUGCUCAGCUGUAGUCUACGCCUAAUUGUAAUGCCUAAUUUAUUUAUUUAUUUAACUUAUUUACCCAUCUAUUUAUCAACCCAUCUAUCGAUAAUAAAUCAAUUCUGACCAUGCA